UCGAACGAGGGAUUUCUUUUGCUGUAGGGGUGGGAAAAUAAUAACCGUAAACCUAAAUAGCAAGCGUUAUCUACAAAGAGGUGGCUUUUUACAUUUCAAACUCAUACAGAUAAAAAAAAUCUAACAACGUUUUCCUGAAUUUCGACCAUGAUGGACGAGGAUGAUGCCGUUCGAAAACUUUCUCGACUAGAACUGCGCAAGCAGAAGUUAAUGGAGUAUCUUGCAGCAAAAGGCAAACUGAAACCUACGAACCCAAAACCUUACCUGCGAGAUGACUCCAUUAAGCACAGAAAGCCAGAGGGCAGAUGUUCAAAAACCUGUAAUCCUGACGAGGGAAAGGAGAACCAGGGAGGGGAACUUCCAAGGCUGCGUUUGGCUGAGAAGAAGCCGCAGCCCUCCUCCGCUGGAACGAGCAGAGCUCCUCUUUCUGCAAACGUCAUCAGCGCACGUGCCACGGGCCGCUCUCGGUUUCCUGCUCCCGCCGCCACGUAUCCUGCUGGAUCACAAACCGCCAGUGCUGCUCCAGGCCCGUCUGCGCCUCUCGCAGCCAAUAAGGGCCGCAGUGUCGCUCAACCAAUCAGAGCGGGCUCUGCGACGGUGACAUCAUCCAGGAAUGGCGCCAAAGCCAAAGCGGCCCCGAGAGGGAGGGCUGCUGCAGAGUCCCAGGGUGGAGUGCGACCUGUUCCUGCUGCUGCUCCCAGAACUGCAGAAGCGGCGUCUGCUUCAUCUAAAACAGGCCCCACUGCGGCAUUCCGUGCACGGACACGCCCUAGUGCCCCCACCCAGCCGAGAUUACCCUCUGCCAAAACGCAGCCUGGCACGGGCGCCCAGACGAAACUACACUCCAACACCACAGCCCCUGCCAGAGCGCCUCCCAGGACCAGCGCCCCGGUGAGAACGUGCUCUGACGCGGUCGCCCGGCCCAGAACAGGUCGCCCCGCUGCCGCCGCCUCGUCCAAAGCAGGCCCCGGCAAAGCCCCUACAGCCCGAGGGCCUCCUGGCGUGCCUGUCCCAACAGCCCCCACCAAACGCGUCGGAACUUCCCUGAGGAAGGCGUCUGAUCUGGGCUCCGCCGGGGCCAGGGUGCCCUGCGUGGCCGUUCAGAGCAGGGCCGCAGGGCCGCCGGGGAGGGCUGGACCCGCGUCGAAACCCGUGACCCGCUCCACGCGCGCGCUGCACGGACCGUCCCUCCCAAACACGUGUAAGGUUUCCCUGACUAAAGCCGCCCGAGGUGCGGCUCGCCCCUCCGCUCUGCCCGCGCCGCCGCAGAGGCCCGCCCUGAGGGCAGCUGCCCCGCAGUGGGGCCGCCCCCCGGCGCCUGCCUCCCGCGCCGGAGAUGGGCUGAGAGUCGGAGCGCUGCAGAGAGCGGUGCGCCAGGCCGUGUCCGAAAUGAGGGGGGAGGGGGGCGGCAAAGGCCCCGCGCCAAACCGGAAAAACCCCAGGCCGGCACCGUCGGGCCGGGUGGACUUCACGGGGCUGCAGACGGAGAGGGAGCCCCGUGGGGCCGUGGAGAGGGAGCCCCGUGGGGCCGUGGAGAGGGAGCCCCGUGGGGCCGCGGAGAGGGUCAACGCAGUCGCCUCCACGGUGCCCCGCACCGCCCGGCCGUCCUGCCAGACCCUCCGGCCCGCCGACCUGAAGACCCCCGCCAGGACUGGCCAGGCCGGGCCAAACCCCGGGCUCAUCGGCACCGCCCCGCCCCGGGACCGCAAGCUGACCACCGCACAGGAGCAGAGGCUUCAGAAGCUGCAUGAAUGGCGGCAGUCUAAGGGCAUUUCAUACAAGCGGCCCCCCAUGCCAGUGCGGGCGCGCGGGAAGAAGGGUGCCAGCCCCGUUCCCCUCCACUACUGGACAGCCAUGGAGGAGGAGGAGGAGGCCCAAAGCCUGGUCUACAACAUCGACCGCUCCCUGACCGACUGCGUUAAGCUUCUCCAGGAGGGCUGUCCCUCUGAGCAGGUGGUUCAGGUUCUGUCUGGAGUGCCCAUGGCGAAGAAGUUUGCCAAGUACUGGAUCUGCCAGGCACGGCUAAUGGAGCGUGAGGGGAACCUGGAGGUUCUCCCCAUGUUUGAGGAGGCCGUACGAGUGGUGCUGGAGCCAGUGGACGCCCUUCGGGCCGUGGUGUUUGAGAUCCUGAAGAGGAAGGAGGAGGCGUCUGCAGCCGGAACGGGAGGGUCUCCAGCUGCAUCAGAGGGUGAAGGAAAGGUGGGUGAAGAGGAGGAAGAUGAGGAAGGUGAGGAGGGUGAUGGGGAGGAAGAGGAGCCCUGUCAGGCCGUGGCCGUCGACCCCGUCACUCCCCGAGCCACGACUGCUGUGAUCCGGGGAGAGAAGGGCGGCUCGUCUGUGGUGAAGUACAAAAUCACAGCCACGCCUGGGGGCCGGCGGAGCCAGCAGCAGGAGCCCGUGACUCUGGACGGGCAGGAGCUGCGCUUCUUCACGCCGGUGCGGCGCUCGGUGCGCAUCGAGAGGUCGGCCCCGGGCUACCCCUCCGCCCUGCGGGAGCACGACCCCUGCGUGGCCUCCUUCCGUGACCUCCUGGCCGAGGAGGAGGAGGAGGAGGAGGCCGAGGGCCGGGCGGAGCGGGACCGCGGCUCCCCGCUCUACGUCUACCGGGAGAACGAGGCCCUGAGGGACCAGGUUCAGAUCCAGCUGUGUCUCCAGCCCACGGUGUAACACGCACGCUUCCUAUUGGCCGACUGUGAGCCAAUUCAAGGGCCUGUCGCUCCUAAGUCUCUCAAUAGCCUUUGCCAGUGGAAGCCCAGCCUGGAGAGUCCAUUAAGUUGUACAGGCACCCCCCUGGCCCAGGGUAGGUCGUAUAACAUGAGCAAGUGUGAAUGUAGAAUUGCUACAACUUGGAUUACAGUUACACAUGCUUAGUAUAUACAGUAAAGAUGUUUUACUUGGUUGCAAACUAAACUCAAUGUCAUUUUCCAUAUCCAAAAAGCCUAAUUGAGUGAUUUGGAGUGGAAAAUGGCGAAGGGAAAGGGAAAGCGUUGCAGAUUUUAGAACUGCACUUAAUCUGCAGCAAUGCCACUAUCCAAAAUAUUAAUGGCUUCUUGCAGGUAUGAAUUAAGAGCAAUAAGUCAGCAAUGUACAAAAGAUACAGUCAUUCUGUCUUGUUUCAUGUUUUUAUGUGUUAAAUGUAAAUAUGCUGUGUGUAUUUGUAUUUUUUUAUGUAUUUAUGUACACCAUUAUGAGACUUCUUUUUAAAUGUCAUCUGUAAUGUAAAUGCUUUGUAUUUUAAAUGAAUUAAAACUGGUUUAUACAAUA